AUGAAGCCUUCCGGCUUAAUCGUGACCACAUUCCUCCUCACCGCCGGCGCCUUCGCGACCUCACCCAUUCCCUUCGACCACCCCAUCACAGCAAGCCCAGACACAAAUCGGCGGGCAUAUGAUAUUCUGCAGCGCUUGAACAAGCGCGACAGCAACUGUCCUGGCGGAUACAGCCCAUGCGAUAACCUCGACAACUCCGGCAUCUGCUGCCGAACAGACGCUAUAUGUACGAGCGAUGAAGCAAACCAUAUUGCAUGCUGCCCCAGCGGGGCAAGCUGCACGGGUACUCUAGGUGGCUCAUCAGGAGCAUUUGAAACGACUCGAACAUCAUCGGACGCUACAACCACAACCGACGAUGACCCUACGUCUACGAUCACGGGCUCAACAAUGUCCGGCGGCUAUCCGUUCGUCUAUGUGCCUACUGCCUUCUCUGACGCUGAUCAGUGUUCAUCAUACUACGAUAGAUGCGAGAGAAGCUAUACGGCGUGCGUUACGUAUUUCGGGGGCUACGGGGUGACUGUGACGGGCGGGGGAGCGGACUUCACACAGACAGGCGCUGCGGCGAAUGCGAUCGAAACAUGCUCCAGCUUAAGCCAGAGUGCAUGCCAUGGGCUUAAUCUGGGGGUUUGUGGGAAUUAUGAAGGGGGGACGGAUGGCGCGGGCCACCGGAGGACAUCGAGCCUACAGGAUCUUGUUGUGGGCUUGGUGGUUGGCAUUGCUGGGUUCUUCAUUUAA